CAAAUAUUAUACUGCAAGACCUUCAGCAGGAAGAGACAGAGUAGUUACUAACCAUACUGUUGACUGGACACCCAAUAACAUAGAGGCUAGUUAGGUCUACUACUGGACAAUUCUCUUUGCAAAAUUGUGGACUGACUUUUGUUCAUAAUUUCUCAAUUUGAAUUUCUGAAGCUUUGGAACAAUAAUGUUUAUAGAAGAGCGGAUUAUAACACUUUUUAAAAGGAACUUUCACCACACCUGUACAUACUGGAGUGUGUUCUUCAGUUUUGGACUGUGUAUAGCCUUCCUGGGACCCACCAUAUUGGACUUGCGAUGUCAAACCCAGUCUACACUGAGCCAGAUCACCUGGGUCUUCUUCUCCCAGCAGUUCUGCCUGCUCAUCGGCAGCUCAAUUGGAGGGGUCUUCAAGAAAACGUUGUUCAGUGCUCUAGCUGCACUGUUCUUGUCCUCGCUACUCAUCUCUGUAAUAUUUGCAAUCAUCCCUCUCUGCCAUAAUGUGCUGCUGUUGGCUAUUGCCAUGGCUGUGUCCGGUCUGGCCAUGGGCAUCAUUGACACCAUCGCCAACAUCCAGCUGGUCGCCAUAUAUCAGAAGGACUCGGCUGUCUUUCUCCAGGCCCUCCACUUCUUCAUUGGGUUCGGAGCACUGGUGAGCCCUCUGAUUGCUGAUCCCUUCCUGUCGGAGACAGGCUGCAGGGUGGGGAAUGUGACAGAAAAUGUGACCGAGAUCAUGCACCACUUCAGGAACACACUGAGGAACAGCCCCAUUAUGAUGCACAACGUGUCCAUGGACCAACUGCCCCUAGCAGAGGAGCCAGAGGAGUCCAUCGUGUCCUACGCCUUCUGGAUCAUGGCAAUGAUCAAUCUGCCAGUGCCAAUGGCAGUGUUAUUCCUGAUGUACCAGGAGCAGUUGAUCCCCUGCUGCCGCAGCACCACACCUCUUUUGCUGGACAAAGACGAGCUGUCCAUGGAGAACCAGGGGGCCGAGGGGCCUGACACAGAACCUAAAGACCAGGAGGAGGGAGGAGGUCAUGGGGAUAUCUUCAGCUGCUGUCAGAAUAACAACCUGCGUGAGUUGCCUGUGUCCUUCUUUGGGAUUCAUAUCGUUGGUGGAAUGGUCCUGUUCAUGACCGAUGGCAUUGUGGGUGCGUAUGCAGGCUUUGUGUACACAUAUGCAGUGUCUCCCCCCAUUUCCCUACCUAAUAAGACUGCGGGAUACCUGGUUAGUAUCUUCUGGGCAGCCAUUACUGCAGGACGUCUGGUGUCCAUCCCUCUCACCUUCCGCUUCCAGCCCGUUCGACUGCUCAUGAUUAAUCUGGCCGGUGUCAUUGUCACAGUGUUGUUGCUGCUUGUCCUCGACACCAGCAGUAUAUUCCUGUUUGUUGGGACCACUCUACUGGGCCUGUUCCUCAGCAGCAUCUUCCCCUGUAUGCUGGCUUACACUGAGGACAUCCUGGACUACCAAGGAUGUGCAACCUCAGUUCUGGUAACAAGUGCUGGGAUGGGAGAAAUGGUCAUGCAAGUCCUUGUUGGAUCGAUCAUCCAGAGUGAAGGCAGCUAUAGUUUCCUGCUCUGUGGAAUGAUAAUCGGUUGUAUGGGCUCCAUCCUCUUCUUCGGGCUGCUGUUCUUACAUCGCAUGCACAGGAAAUACCUCACUGGAACCUCAGUGAAGUCAGCCAUGGUGGAGGAGCUCCCAGCAGCAGCAGCAGCAGUAGUAGUAGACAGGAAAACAGAACAGAAGGAGAGUAGCUGAGAGGCUAUGUAGCUGGGGCCAUUUGGUGCUCAGUAUUGUUAUUGACCAACAAUGUGAAGAGGAAGAAAACACGCCGUCAGUGAAGACAAAUACGUACAGUACCAGGACAUGUGUAAUGUUUUAGCCAUCCUGAAGGCUGCAAUAGCCAGAGGAGUGAAUAAGUCAUGUUUAAGUUAUUAAUAUAUUCAAAAUGAUUUAGUCCCUCCUUUUUUCCUUCCUGAAAAUGGAUACUGCUUCUUAUUCCAAUCAUCAUCAUCCCUUUAGAUAUGCUAAUGUUACCUUCUGUUUAAAGCCCCUAUAGAUAAUGACUUUGUAAUAAGUGUGUGAGCAAGGGGUAGUUAGGUUACAGUAUAUGAAAAUAAUGUGCUUUAUUUUCAAGGCAUUUGGAUUGGUAUUCAUUGUUGCUCAUUGUCACAAUGUUGAAAUGUUUAAAAACAUUUGAACAUGA